AUGGCCGACGAUGUUGUAAUGGAUGGUGUGGUCAACCGACGUGAUGUGGGGCAAGCCGAGAUGGAAGAAACGCGUGAAAGACGAUUGUCGGAAGAGGUUAAUAUGCAUCGGAUGAUGGAUGGCCGACAAGAGCCUCGACGAACAAUUAAUUGGGGGCAAGUGGGAAGGGAAUUGGGGGUGGAUGGUGGGUCCCAGCCGACAGGGAUGUUACGGGAAAGUGGGGGAAGGGGGGAACGAGGCGGUGGAUUGGGGAAUGAGGGUGUUGCGUUAGCAGGUGAUCAUGGCGGUGGUUUUGGAGAGGAUGUGGGCGGUUUGGAUGGGGGUGUUGGGGGAAGUAGGGGAGACGUGAGCAGUAUGGGUAGAGGGGGAAUGGUGGCAGUACGGAUCAGCGUGGGAGGGGGGCUGGGAGGACUACACGGUAGCAAGGGGUAG